AUGAAACCCGCUAGCCACGAGAAUGGAAAUGGAGAUAAAGAAGAUGGUUUACAUCAACCACGGCCGGCACGGUCCUUGCCACCGAGCAAAGGAUUUGUCACUGGGCUUUGCGAUGAUCGGUCCAGCCAUGAGAAGGAGACGCAAAUUCCUUUAGGAGACGGGAUGACAACGACAUCAACUCCCCAAGAAACAUAUAGCACCGUGUCUCUAAAUGAUGAACUCCGGGCCUUGGUGUCAUUAUUGCACAAGCAGAAUCUUCCCCAGAAAGCGUCUUGUACCUCGAUUGCCUUUGCAAACCUCUCCGUCCGUCAGCCAGAAUUAAACAUCGGAACCCAGCCAACCCUUGCAGCUGUUGUUCAAAAGCCGAUCAAGGCUGCACGAGAUUUGUUAAUGCGAAGGCCCCACCCCGAGAGCCUAUUGCUGCAUGGAAUUGACGGAGUUGUCAGGGAGGGCGAAAUGCUGCUGGUGUUAGGUCGGCCGGGCAGUGUCUCCAGCGCCCUCCUCAAGGCCCUGAGUGGACAGAAACAGGGUGAGUUGAUCGUGGGAGGAGAAAUCAAAUACAACGGAGUCGACAUCGAGAAAUUCAAGAGUCGUUUCAAAGGAGAUGCAAUUUAUGUUCCUGAUGUCGAUUUUCACUUUCCCUAUCUUCUUGUUGGCAAUACUUUGGACUUUGCCUGUGAAACCAAAACGCCGAAGGCCAAAGUUGCUGCUCAGUCACGGGCAAAAUUGAUCAGGUCCAUGACAGACGUCUAUGGUGGUCUGCUGGGGGUGCAGCACACCUUCCAGACGAGAGUUGGCAAUGAGUACGUUCAGGGUAUCAGUGGUGGUGAACGCAAGCGGGUAUCGUUGGCUGAAGCUUUCGCAAUGCGAUCAUCGGUCACAAUGUGGGACAAUCCCACUCACGGGCUCGACUCCUCAACGUCGCAAGAAUUCAUCAACACAAUUCGAGCGAUGACCAAAGCUUUCCGACAAACCGCCGUUGUCGCGCUGUAUCAAGGCGGCGAGACUCUGACAAAGGAGUUUGACAAAGUAACCGUGCUGUAUCAAGGCCGCCAAAUCUUCUUUGGGACGGUGCCGGACGCGAAACACCAUUUUGAAAAUAUGGGAUUCGAAUGCUUUCCGCACCAGACAACAGCAGACUUCCUCACCGCCAUCAGCGACCCAACUGCCCGGAAGCCCAGAGCUGGCUGGGAGGCGAAGGUGCCGAGGUCUCCAGAAGACUUUGUCAAGCUUUGGAAACUCAGCCAUCAGUACUCCCAGCUCCAAAGAGAAAUACAGGAAUACAUGAAGGAAUUCCGCCAGUGCAAUCUAGAACUUGCAAAGUAUGAAACCUAUCGUUCAGCGAACAAGUCAAAGCAUCAGCGACAACACAGCAUUUACACCGUCGACAUUAUGACUCAGUUCGCCGCAAAUCUCAGACGUAGCUUUUACCGAUUCGUCGGCGACAAGGCAUUCCUGGGAGCAACGGCUUUUAGCUCUGUCUUCAUGUCCCUAAUUAUGGGAAGUCUCUUUUACAAUGUAACGGACUCAACCUCGGGAUACUUCUCCAAGGGAGGUGCUUUGUUCUUCGCAAUCCUCUUCAAUUCUCUCCAAACCAUUGCCGAGAUUGGCACUUUAUAUUCUCAGAGACCCAUCAUCCAACGCCAAAAUACAUACGCCAUGUACCACCCAUUUCUGGACUCUCUGGCGAGUUUGGUGGUUGAAUAUCCUUACAAGAUUGUCAACGUGACCAUAUUCGACAUUAUCCUUUACUUCUUGGUGGGAUUGAAGCAGGAAGCAAGUGCCUUCUUCAUCUUAUGGCUGACUACAUACUUGUCUACUCUGGUCAUGAGUGCCUGGUUUCGAACAAUAGCUGCCCUCACCAACAGUCCCGAAGCAGCGAUCGGUGCUGCAGGCUUUUUGGUACUGGCAUACGCCAUUUACACCGGAUACACAAUCCCAAAACCAAGCAUGCACCCUUGGUUCAAGUGGAUCAUUUACGUUAACCCACUUUCUUUUGCUUUCGAAACUCUGGUUGCCAACGAGUUUCAUGACACGACAGCACCGUGCGACACCCUAGUUCCCUCCGGCCCGGGGUACAGCAAUGCAUCCGCCACUAACCAAGUCUGCGCCGUGACAGGGUCAAAACCAGGGCAGCGGUUUGUCAAUGGCGAUGACUACAUUGAAAUCUCAUUCGACUAUCACUAUUCCCAUGUGUGGAGAAAUGUGGGCAUUCUGUGUGCAUUCUUAUGCAGUUUUGUUGUUGCACUGACCGUGGCGACGGAAUUCAGAACUGCCUCUUCACGACGUGUUCGAGAACGCCUAUACUACAGAAAGGGACAUGAGCCAGAACAAGUGAGUAGACUUUCUAGGAAAAGGGCAAGGCACAACGAAGACGAAGACGGGGCACAAGUCUCCGAGGAAGUCAUGACAGAGAUCGUAUCACACGUACCCGCAACAACAGAACUUGUUACCUGCGAGAAGGUUCUGACGUGGAAGAAGGUGACUUACGACAUCAUACUCCAAGACGGCUCCCACCGGAGAUUGCUUGAUAACAUCACAGGCUAUGUGAAACCGGGUACCCUCACGGCUUUGAUGGGAGAAUCCGGUGCAGGCAAGACGACGCUGCUCAAGGCUCUCGCUGCACGGCUUCGCGGUGGCAUCCUCGGCGGAGAGUUCCUCGUUAGCGGCGAGCUGCCCGACCGAUCGUUUCACCGGACGACUGGCUAUGUACAGCAGCAAGACGUACAUCUCUCCUCAUCCACAGUACGAGAAGCUCUCCAGUUUUCGGCCAAACUGCGCCAACCCAAGGAAAUAACUCUCUAUGAGAAGCUCGAGUACGUAGAGAAGGUCAUUGAGAUGAUGGAGAUGGAGGAUUUUGCAGAAGCCGUUAUAGGCGUUCCCGGUAGUGGAGGCCUCAACAUCGAACAGAGAAAGCGAGCCACUAUCGCCGUCGAGCUAGUUGCAAAACCGGAGAUAUUACUGUUCUUGGACGAGCCCACAAGCGGUCUUGACUCCUUGGCAGCAUGGUCUAUUGUACGAUUGCUGAGGAAGCUUGCUGACUCUGGACAAGCCAUCCUAUGCACGAUCCACCAGCCCUCAUCAAUGAUAUUUGAGCAUUUCGACCGUCUGCUCUUGCUUGCCAAGGGUGGGAAGCCUGUGUACUUUGGCGAGAUUGGUCAGCACUCCAAAACCGUCCUCCGAUAUUUCGAGGAGAAGAGUGGUCAAUGCUGUCCUCUAGGCGGCAAUCCUGCAGAAUUCAUGCUCGAUGUCAUUGGGGCAGCUUCGAGCCCAAAAUCCGGUCAGGACUGGAACGAGACAUGGAUGAGCUCUGAAGAGUACCGGGACCUGUCCGAAGCGAUGCAUGGCCUACAUGACCAAUAUGUCGACGGCCACGGCCAACAAAUGAACAAGCAUGAGCACUCAAACCACAAGGCUGGCAGCUCUGGCACUGCUUUCGCCGAGCCUUGGACAACUCAGUACCUCGCAGUUCAGUUAAGACUCUUCGUGCAUUAUUGGAGAAUUCCACAAUAUAUCAUGGGCAAGAUCAUGUUGAACGUAGUCGCCGGUCUGUUUCUGGGAUUCACGUUUUACAAAGAAGGUAACUCACCACAGGGUCUACAGAACAAGUUAUUCGCAUCUUUCACAUCAGCCAUUCUAGGCAUGCCAAUCAUGAACCAAUUCCAACCACAAUUUUCGAGUUUGGCGAAACUGUUCACGGAGCGAGAAAAUCCUUCCGGCAUGUACCACUGGAGCGUAUUUGUCCUCUCGAAUCUUCUCACGGAGAUAACCUUUAACAUAUUGGCGGGCACCCUGUUCUUCUUCCCAUGGUACUUCGCGAUCGACUUCUCGAAAGACUGGGUGGGUGGCACCGCAGGAAAAGGGGGAAGAGGGUUUUACAUGUGGCUCCUCCUCAUGACCUACGAAAUGUGGAUUUCCACCUUUGGUGUCGCCAUUGCCUCUCUUGCGCCCAACUCUCAGACGGCAGCCGUUUUGACCACGGUCUUUGCGUCUUUUGUGGUCGCCUUCAAUGGCGUGCUGCAACCGCUUAGCCAGCUUCCCCAAUUCUGGCACUUCAUGUACCACGCUUCACCAUACACGUACCUGAUGAGCGGGUAUAUCUCUAACGUUAUCCACGGUACCCGCAUCAUCUGCGCUUCCCAGGAGAUCAAUGUCUUCCAACCGCCGCUAGGACAGACAUGCAUGGAAUACGCCGGCGCAUUCGUCCAGCAACAGUUUGGCUACCUCUUGAAUCCGGACGCCAUUUCGAACUGCCAAUAUUGUCGGUAUUCAACUGGCGAUCAAUAUCUCGUCACCCGCAACAUGGACUACGGGGAUCGCUGGAGAAAUUUUGGGCUCAUGUGUGUGUACAACACUUUCAACGCCGGAAUAGCCUUCCCACUUUUCUACCUGGCAAAGCUUGCGACGUUCGACACAAGACGACCAAUGCUUUGGAGGCCAAGAUUCAGGAAAUAG